AUGUCUUACAUCGACGAGACUCUCACCCACUCAGUCCCUAUUUUAUCUUCAAUCGAGCAGCAGAACUUGUCAGGCAAAGAGCCCAUAGCUGCCGUGGGAAGCCAGAAUGAAAAGUUUGUCGAACAGCCAUUGGUAAUUCCCGUCGGAGACAGCAAUCUAGAUUUCGUCCUCGUGAAUUAUGAGGAGAACGACCCGGAAAACCCUUUGAAUUGGUCGUCAAUGAAAAAAUGGCUGAUUGUCUUCGCUAUCUCCUGGAUGGGUUUCGUUAGUGUUUUUUCGACAAUGACGAUCACGCCCACGGCGCCGCAGAUCUUGCAAGUGUUUCAUUCACAUAAUAAGCUCGACCAGACCUUGCUCGUCACGAUUUGGGAGCUUGGAGAAGGAAUUGGCCCUUUUUUCAUUGCGCCGCUCUCCGAAAGAUUCGGCCGGCUUCCCGUCUUCCACAUUGGGAAUUUCCUCGCACUCUGUUGCUUGAUCGCCUGCGCCCUGAGCGUGAACAUUCCCAUGUUGAUUGCCUUCCGAUUCUUAACGGGCUGCUUCCUGUCGAUUCUCACCCUCGGGCCCACUAUCAUGAUAGCCGAUUUCAUCUCACCUGUGGCAGGAGCCUAUAUCGCACAUGACCUAGGUUGGCGAUGGUCGAUUUGGCUCGCGGUUAUCGUGCUCGGAUUCUUUAGCUUGUUCUUACUGGCUGUGCUCCGCGAGAUAUACGCAGUCGUCAAUUUAAGGCGAAAGGCGGAGCGGUUACAAAAGGAGAGCACGGACGGCAAAACGUAUCGUUCCAAAUAUCAGGCCCAUGUCGAUGCAUCCACUAUAUUCGAAAGCGUUAUGAAGCCGCUGCAGAUCCUAGCCCAGUCUCCCAUCAUCAUCCUGACGACGAGCUACAUGGCCGUAACAUACGCCUUAGUCUCAUUGAUCCUUGCCACGAUCACGGAAACCAUGGAGUCGACAUAUCCUGCCGUCUUUAAUAGCGGCUCAGUUGGCUUGACAUUUUUGGGUCUCGCCAUCGGCAACACCAUUGCUUUGAUCUUCUACAGUCUCACUUCCGACCGCUACGUGAUCCAUCAGCAGAAAAAAAAUGGCAAUGCAUUCAAGCCGGAGUCUUGA